AUGGAGAACUACUCGCUCCUCUACAGUUCCUCUCACAGAACCGGACUUCUCUCGGGUUUUCAGCGCCUGCGCUCUCAGAAGAGGAUGUGUGAUGUUGUCCUGGAGGCCGGCGGCGUAUCGUUCCCGUGUCAUCGCGCCCUCUUAGCCAGCUCCAGUGACUAUUUUUGGGCUCUCUUUGGAGAGUCAACCGUGGAGAGAUUAGCAGAUUCCAUCAGCCUCCCGGCGCUAACGCCAGAGGGUUUAGACGCCAUUCUGGACUUCCUGUACUCUGGCUGGCUGAGCGUAUCACCUCCCACCCUGCCGGUUGUCUUAGCGGCAGCCAGGUAUCUGCAGGUCGAGCCGGCGGUGUCGAUAUGCGAGCGUUUCAUGAUUGAUGGUUUAAACGCCGAGAACUGUUGCUGCUAUGCUAACCUCGCCGAGCACCACGCUCUCGCAGACGCACUUGAAGCUGCCAAUCAAACCAUCGCCAUCGAGAUGGGGGCAUUGCUGAAGGAUAACAGGGAUGACCUUCUCGGGUUGAAUGUCCAAUCCCUGAUGGCUGUGCUUGACGCUGACGAGAUUCCAGCUGUGAAGGAGGCGGAGCUUAUAAAGCUAGCUCUGGAUUGGCUGGACGAAAAUGGGCCUAUUUCUCUCCUGAAAUCAAAUCUCCUGCUGAGUCAUCUCCGCUUUGGAUUGGUCGCCCCCUCUGACCUUAGCAGUCUUAGCCACGCCCACCGAGCCAUGGCCACGCCUCUGAUCAGGAGCCAGCUGACCCGAGCGCUGGAGUACCACAGGAUGGGAGCGGCUCAGCCAAUCAGACAGACCAGACAAUCCACACUCAGAGCGUCGCCCAACUGUGUGCUCCUCGUCGGCGGAGGACCCAGCCCUGAUUGGCCGGAGCAGCAGGUGUUGGCGUUUGAUCCUAGAAGCAGGAAGUUUUCGUCUUUGAGUUCCAGUCUCCCGCUGCGGCUCAGAGGUCACUGUGCGUGCUCGGUCGGAGGUUUCCUGUUUGUGAUUGGUGGAGAGGAAGUAAAGGAAGGAGACGAUGAUGGGAAAAAGUCCGUCGAUGUAGCGACGUCCAAUCAGGUGUGGCGCUACGAUCCUCGUUUUGAUUGCUGGGAGAAGAUGGAGUCCAUGCUGGAGCGGCGUGCGCAGUUUACCUGCUGCGUGAUUGAGGAGGUUAUUUACGCCAUCGGGGGACGACAGACAAGACAAGGCGCCUGUAGGCAGACCUCGAUGGCGUCUGUUGAGUUUUACGACAUGGCCACAGGGGUUUGGAGGCGGGGACCAGCACUGCCUCGCCCCCUUUACGGCCACGCCUCAGCUGUGCUCGACGACUGCAUCUACGUGUCAGGUGGAGUACCAGGUAACCAGGAUAGCGGUAUUAACGCCAACAACCAGGAAGACCACAGAGAGAGCAGCAAGGAGCUGCUCCACUGGGACCCUAAAGGACGAGUGUGGGAGAAACGGGCGCCCAUGUCCAUCGCCAGAUUCGGGCACCGUUUAGCGACCGCCCACGGUCACAUCUACGCUUUACUGGGAAUGUACGAGCCGUUCUGCGAUAUCGAGCAGUACAACUCAGCGUCAGACCACUGGACCCGCCUGAGACCGCUUCUCAUUGGCUCCUUCAACUAUGGGAUGGUGGUAACGCCAUCCGGGAAUCUGCUGGUUUUCGGGGGGAGGAAAUGGAGCGACGGACAGGAAGUGAUAGUGAAGAGCGUGUUGGAGUACGACACGAAGAAAGAUCGCUGGAGAGAGAUCUGCCAACUCCCCAGACCUCUAACCGGGACUGAGUGCACGCUGCUACCGUUACCGGACUGA